AUGGUAGCAGCAGUGUUUGUCUUCGCUACGUUCCGCCUCAGUGUACCCCAGCUCGUCCUGAAGGAGGACCACGUCCAGUUCAGUAUGCUCCACAGGGGACUCCACAGAUGCCUCACACUCGUCAGGCUGCCCCCACUGGCACUCGCCGCCGCCGCCUCUACCUCUUCCUACGCUUCCUUCUCUCCACCGCGGUCCCGCACCACGGGCACGCGCCGUCGCCUCACCCCCACGGCCUACGCCACCGCCGCGGCAGCUGCGGCUGAGGCCCCGCUCCCCAUGACGCCCCGUCCGACCAUUCAUUCAUUCACCGGCCAGCGUCAGCCAGCCAGGCGUCCAGCUCCAACACGUGUUGCCAAAUGCCAACACUCCAUUCUCCAGGUGAUGGUCGGUCAGCCACCAGGGCCUCCCCGUUCGGCCAUCGUGCGUCCAACAGUCGGGCACCGGCGGGCGGCGGCCGCUCGCCCCUGCGGCUUGGGCGCUCGGCCACGGCCAGUGCGGGACGAGGGGGGGAAUGCUUCUGGUAACUGCCCAAAAAACAAAGAGAGGGUUAGCUGGUGUUCAUUUUUUCUGCUGUGCAUUCAGGUUGAAGCGCCCAGGGUGCAGCCGAAGCUGAGCGAGCCCUUCUUGGGGUUCACCCAGACCGCAGAGAUUUGGAACUCCAGGGCUUGCAUGAUCGGCCUCAUCGGCACCUUCAUUGUGGAGCUGGUGCUGAACAAGGGGAUUCUUCAGAUGAUUGGGGUGGAGGUGGGCAAGGGUCUGGACCUUCCUCUUUGAAGGGUGACCAAAUAGUGACAUUAUCGUUUGCUGGUGUAUUAUGCUGGCCGAAAAACAUGAGGGUUUCACUUGCUUUUUGACUUGGUGGCUACAUAUGCAUGUUCAUCAUGCAUGUCCUUGGAUAUCCGGAUGUUACAACAUCAACUAUGUUAAUGACUUGGUGGCUGGCCGUUUGACAGGGUUAAUUGGUGAACAAAAACGUGUGCCUUGUGAAACAGAGAAAGAUAAUUGAUGCCACCGUGAAAUUAGUACUGGUUUA